AUGGCCAAACAAGCAAACUCAACUGAGCAAAUGCAUGCCAGCAGCCUAUCAACAAUUGGCAAACAAAGAAACUAUAAAAGGUGGCUCCGAAUGGCCAUAUAUACACUCUUUCUCCUCUUUGGGCAGUCAUCAGCUUUAAUACUGGGAAGAUUAUAUUAUGCAAAAGGUGGAAAAAGCAAAUGGUUAGGAACCCUUGUGCAGCUUGGAGGCUUCCCACUCCUCCUUCCCUACUACUUCAUCUCAGCACCCAAAAACAAACCCCCCAAAGUAGAAACAGUCCUCUCAAAACCACCCUCAGCCUUGACACUUUCAACAGUUUAUGUAUUCCUUGGCCUACUUGUAGCAGUAGAUUGCUUCUUGUUUUCAACUGGGCUAAUGUACCUUCCAGUCUCUACUUACUCCCUCAUUAGUUCCUCAACAUUGGGGUUCAAUGCUUUAUUCUCCUUCUUCCUCAAUUCCCAGAAGUUCACUCCUUUCAUACUCAAUUCUCUAGUCCUUCUCACCAUAUCCUCCAUUCUCCUUGUUCUUCAAACACAUUCUGCAGACCUCACAGCUGGAGUCUCCAAAGGGAAGUAUAUAAUUGGGUUCAUUUGCACACUUGGUGCAUCUGCUGGAUAUGGGUUGGUGCUUUCCCUCACACAGCUUGCCUUUAAGAGGGUUCUGAAAAGGGAGACAUUUUCAGCAAUCAUGGACAUGAUAGUUUACCAAUCACUUGUUGCAACCUCAGCUACUUUGGUGGGACUUUUUGCCAGCGGAGAGUGGAAGGGUUUAAACAGAGAGAUGGAGGAGUUUGAACUGGGGAAGGUCUCAUAUCUCAUGACUGUGAUUUGGACAGCCAUAUUGUGGCAGGUUUUCUCUGUUGGUUGCAUGGGAUUGGUAUUUGAGGUUUCUUCCCUCUUCUCCAAUGCCAUAAGUGUUCUGGGUUUGCCUAUUGUUCCGGUCCUUGCCGUGAUCUUUUUCCAUGACAAACUUGGUGGAAUAAAGGUGGUCUCCAUGGUGUUGGCUAUUUGGGGCUUUAUUUCGUACGUCUAUCAGCAGUACCUCGACGAUUAUCAGCCCAAGCCCGAAGAUAGAAAUUCCAAUGAAGUUUCCGAUUAA